UGCAAGAAAAGUCAAAGGUUGGGCUAGACCAGAAAAAGCCCUUACAGAAAAACAAAUUAGAAAAUUACAGCGUAGAGAGGCAAGAGAAAAGGAAGGACAAGAUCUUAAAUGUUUUCCUAAGAUCGACCUUCCUUUUUCUUCCCAUUUUUAUUUUCCGGAUCACGAAAUCCCAAUUGCACGAAUCAUUGGUGAAAAAGAUGAAUUCUUGGAUCCAAUUCGUGUUCAAACUAAAUGUUACAUGUGGUAUGAACCACAAAAUCAUAUGGUUAGAGUUAUUGGUGAUGAUGAGGAUAGUGUUUAUGAAGCAAUUUCACGCGUUAAAAACCUUUACCUUAAAGUUUUCUUAGCUCGCAGCAUUCCAGUAAAGAGAGGUUGGGUUUAUCAUAUGAUCGAACAACCUCGAAUGCUUUACAAAGUUAGAAUUACAGAUCCUCCUGGUUUGUUCAUACCACCUUAUGAUAUGGUUGGCUUCUUUAAAGUUUUCGAACCUGUUAUUGAAGAAGAGCAAUCCUCUACUGACACAAAGAUUGAAAUUUUUGAGUCAGCAUUUGACGCUAAUGUUUACACAGAAAAUGUCAAAAGAAUUGAAGAAGCUCUAUUAAGAGCUUUGCAGACAGUUUAUUUGUUCGAUGAAGAAAUCAAAAUGCGUGUUAGAUUUGGCCAAAUAUGCCUUACCUAUUUUCCUAAAGAUAUGUCAUUAUGGUCAAUUGAUAGAUUGAAUAGCCUAGUCUUGAAGGAUACUCGUUUGCAAUCAAAUCUUGCAACAGAUUUUAAUCAACUCAAAAAGUUAGAAGAAUAUUUUUCUAGUAACCAAGUAUGGGAUGAUUCAUCAUUUCAUGAAUUCAAGAUUCGUGCAUCACGUCGUCCCGUUAGAUUUGAUGAACAAAGAUGGACAUGCGCGUUUGACGUAUCAUUUAGGAACGGCAAAAUAGGUUUAUGGGAUGCAGUUGCUGAUGAAAAAAAUGUGUUGGAAAUUAACAUGGCUAAUGUUAUUGUUACCUCAGUUUGCGAAAAACAUAAAAAGAAAUUUUUAUGGAAAGAGCAUUUUAUAAUUGAGAUUACACGAUAUGAAUAUUGGAACUGUGAAGGAAAAUUUUUAAAUGUUUCACCUGGAGUGGAAAUUCCUUUACAACGUGAACCAUCGGAAAAUGUAUCAUUUGGAAUUACGAAAUCAUGGGAAGAUGAUUUCUCUGCAAACGGUAAUUUAAGUUCAGGUGAAGUGCCUGAAUGGUAUCCUGAAGAUAUAUCAAGUGGCGUUAAGCAAAUGCUGAAUGAUAUAAAUGAAUUCUUGAAAAUUUUGCAAGAUUCUAAUGUUAUUAAACCAAAU